CACUGUACUGGACUUAGGUUUGGGAAGAUAGAUGCUGGCCGGUACGGAGAGGUAGCUCAGAGGUACAAGGUUAGCACCUCCUCUCUGGCCAAGCAGCUCCCUUCAUUGGUGCUUUUCCAGUCAGGGCGGGAGGUCAUGAGGCGUCCAAUGGUGGACAAUAAGUUCUGGACUUUCAGCGAGGAAAACAUCAUACGUGACUUCAACCCGAACGAGCUCUUCGAGGCAUCGAAGAAGAUAAAGAAGGGUCGUGGUGUGAAAGGAGAGGACCAGAACCCCUCACUACCAGACGAGGGCAGCGAAGAGCGCCAACCUGAACCAGACACCCCAGCAGAGAGCAAGAAAGACCAGUAGUGGCGAAGGGACAACACAGACUGGAUUGUUCUACUGCACACAGUUCACUGCUCGUCACACAAUCGCUGUCAGUUAUCACUGGUUGUAUUACCAGACGACCAGGAUUCAAGUUAAUUCACGAGCUUGGGCUUGUGGAAAAGCUGCUGCACGCAAACCAAAAGGGACAGAAUGAGCUACACUACAUGGCCAAAAGUAUGUGGACACCCGCUCGUUGAAACAUCUCAAUCCUAAGUCAUGGGCAUUAAAAUUGGAGUUGGUCCCCCUUUGCUGCUAUCAAAUUAAAUGUUAUUUGUCACAUGCACCGAAUACAACAGGUGUAGACCUUACAGUGAAAUGCUUACUUACAAGCCCUUGACCAACAAGAAGUUAAGGAAAAACCUUAAGUUAAAAAAAGUAUAAAUAACACAAUUAAAACAGCAUCAGUAAAAUAGCAAUAGCGAGGCUAUAUACAAGGGGUACCAGUAGAGUCAAUGUGUGGGGGCACUGGUUAGUCAAGGUAAUAUGUACAGUGGCAAGAAAAAGUAUGUGAACCCUUUGGAAUUAUCUGGAUUUCUGCAUAAAUUGGUCAUAACAUUUGAUCCGAUCUUCAUCAAAGUCACAACAAUAGACAAACACAGUCUCUGCGGCAGCAGACGAGGGUUGACUAGGGUUAUAACAGCCUCCACUACUCUGCAUAGGCUUUCCACUUGAUGUUGGAACGUUGCUGCGGGGAGUUCCUUCCAUUCAGCCACAAGAGCAUUAGUGAGGUCGGGUACUGACGUUGGGCGAUUAGGCCUGGCUCGCAGUCGGCGUUCAAAUUCAUCCCAAAGGUGUUCGAUGGGGUUGAAGUAGGGCUGGGUGAUAUGGCCCAAAAGUAAUAUCUCCAUUUCUUUUGAGAGGUUUGGACAAUUCACGAUAUAUGUAUUAUAUAUCUCAAGUUCUUGUUUUUCUCUAAACAAAUUAAAAAAGGUCCAGACAUAAUUCUUAAUUUAAUUUUCUUAAUUAAAAUUAAUAUACAAGGCAUCAAGGCCUAUUUGUGCAAAACAAAUGAACACACCAACACAUCUAUUGUUUAGGAAUGUUUGACUACUAGCUGUUCGAUUAUAUAUUUAUAUAUACACAUUUUGAAUUAACAUUUGUUAAUUUAGUUAAUUUGUUGUUAUAAUUAAAACAGCCUGUGGUUAUUUGCUAUUGGAUUGGCAGAAUGACACAACUACUAACACAUUAGCCUACAGCUGGCCUGAACAUAACUUUUUUUGAAUGCACUUUAAUUCUACAAUGUCAGACUUACCGAUGGCGAGGUGAAGCCUGUGCCCAAAGCACUGCAGGCGGGUCCAGUUGUUUAAGCGCAAUGCUUUUUUCAUGUUGCUCCCGAUGUCAGUUGUCAUGCACACUUGUCUUAAUGCCAAAGAGUCUUUGAGACCCUGGGCUAUUACUUCACCCGUAUGAUGAUCGGGGAAGUAUGGAACUCUUACCCCGCUACACUUCUCUGGCGUGGUUACAAUUUGUGAAAGGUUGUGAUUGGUGGAUAACCUCUGUGCACGUGUUGUCACGCAAUUGGGACAUGAUUCGACAUUGGGCUGACAGAGAAGAGACAGUGAGAUGCUGCAUUUGUGAAACGUUACAACAUUAUAACAGAACCUCGAUUCUUGUAAUACAGGCAUUUUCCAUAUCAAGGCUAAAACAUAAACUCAAAUAUAUAGAAAAAACUAUAUAUCGCCCAGCCCUAGGUUGAAGUCAGGGCUCUAUGCAGGCCAGUCAAGUUCUUCCACACUGAUCUCGACAAACCAUUCCUGUAUGGAAGUCGCUUUGUGCACAGGGGCAUUGUCAUGCUGAAACAUGAAAGAAGCUUCCCCAAACUGUUGCCAUAAAGGACAGAAUCAUCUUGAAUGUCAUUGUAUGCUGUAGUGUUAAGAUUUCCUUUUCACUGGAACUAAGGGGCCUAGCCCGAACCAUGAAAAACAGCCCCAGACCAUUAUUCCUCCACCAAACUUUACAGUUGUCAGUAUGCAUUCAGGCAGGGAGCGUUCUCCUGGCAUCCCCAAACCCAGGUUCGUCCGUCCGACUGCCAGAUGGUGAAGCGUGAUUUAUCACUCCAGAGAACGCAUUUCCACUGCUCCAGAGUCCAAUUGUGCAUGGUGAGCUUAGGCUUGUGUGCAGCUGCUUGGCCAUAGAAACCCAUUUAUGAAGCUCCCAACGAACAGUUCUUGUGCUGACAUUGCUUCCAGAGGAAGUUUGGAACUCGGUAGUGAGUGGAGUGUUGCAACCGAGAACAGACGAUUUUUACACGCUUCAGCACUCGCCAGUACCGUUCUGUGGACUUGUGUGGCCUACCACUUGGCGGCUGAGCCGUUGUUGCUCCUAGAUGUUUCCACUUCACAAUAUCAGCACUUACAAUUGACCGGGGCAGCUCUCGCAGGACAGAAAUUCAACAAACUGACUUGUUGGAAAGGAGGCAUCCUAUGACAGUGCCACAUAAAAAGUCACUGAGCUCUUCAGUAAGGCCAUUCUAGUACCAAUGUUUGUCUACGGAGAUUGCAUGGUUGUGUGCUCGAUUUUAAACACCGCUCAGCAACGGGCAACUAGCCAAAUACACAAAUUUGAAGGGGUGUCCACAUACACCAUAUAUACAAAAGUAUCUCAAUGGAAACAUCUAACCUUCCCAAUUAUCAAUGCCUUAAAUUAUUGAAGCGAAAAUGCUUUACACCGCCUUCUCACCCAUUCAUCCAUAACAGUUUUACUGUGACUGCAGUGAGUUUGUUUUACUUUUACUUUCAUGUUCUGAUGCCUUUUGGGUCACAUUUCACACCAAAGUAUGGAGUCAAACUGACAGUUGGUAUAAUAUGUUCUGCCAAAAGUGAAAUAAAACUUUUAUCCUCCCAGA